CCAGCAAGACAGCAUGGCGGACUGGCCCAGCCCGAGGGUGGCCCAGGGUGGCCUGUUUCAUACGCCCAAAGCACGCUACACGAAGGAAACUCAAGAUUUGAUAAAAGUUUUGAUGGAAGAAGCAAAAUUGACGAUUCUGCAGCGCAACAAAAUUAACUACCAUCUGCGAAAUGGCGAACCAUUGCCGGUGCCGAAGGAGCCGAAGUUUGAGCAGGAGUACAGUAACUUUCUCCCGAUGGCCAUACCGCGGAAAAACAUUAAAAAACGUUCACUGAACACCAUCAUCGAGAGCGGUGCGUUCGAUGUGGAAAAGUACGUGCCGCACAAACCGAAGGAACCGAUCGAAAAGCUGAAGCUCAAGCUGCAGGAGCAGAUGAGCGGUAUUAAGAUCUUUCCGGACGAUGGCCGCCGUCGGCGGGUGGUGCGUAGUAAGAGUGAAGGAUGCAUGGACUUUGUGCCGCCCGAUCGGGCAAGUGAAUUGCUCGAGGAAAUCAACGAACGCGUUCAGUGGCUGGAAGAGAUGGAGGCACUGGGCGAGGGGAAGAAGCAUCGCGCCACUAUCCAGCUGCAGAUUGCGGAGAAGCUCAACGAACUCAAGCGACUCGAUCGGGCCAAAUCGCAGGAAAACGAAAUUUAACCCGUGUAUACACUUUUAGCGCACGUUGUUUGCAGUUUAAAUUCACCUUCUCUUUUAUAUUAAAUUCAUUACACGCUUAAUUCUACAGCAAAAU